AUGGCUUCUCGAUUAAUUGCUUCGAGUCUGGAAUCAACAGUUAAACUCAAUGAUGGUGUCAUCAUGCCAUUAUUCGGACUUGGUGUCUAUCAGAUUGAAAAUAACUGUCCACAGCUGGUCGCAGCUGCGAUUAAUCAUGGCUAUCGAUUGAUUGAUACAGCUGAGUUCUACCAUAAUGAAGAAGGUGUUGGAAGUGGAUUGAAACAAAGCGGGAAAAAACGUGAAGAAAUUUUCAUUGUUUCAAAAUGGUGGCCAUCGCGAGAAGGUGCACAAGGCGCUUUGAAAACACUUGAUCGUUGUUUAAAAGGUCUUCAAUCAGACUACGUUGACAUGUAUCUUCUUCAUGCACCACAAGGUGGUCAUUGCGCUGAGGCAUAUCGUGCAUUACUUGAUGCAAAAAAACAAGGAAAGAUUCGAUCAUUGGGAGUUUCGAAUUUUGGCGUGGCACACUUAGAAGCUCUUGCAAAAUUGGGCCUCGACAAACCUUCAGUCAACCAGAUUGAACUUCACCCAUGGCAACAAAAGAAAGAUAUUGUUAAAUAUUGUCGAGAACAUGAUAUUGCAGUUAUGGGCUACUCGCCAUUGGCAAAAGGGCAUAGAAUUCAAGACAAAACCGUCGGCGAGAUUGCGAAGAAAUUGUCAAAAACGCCAGCUCAAAUAUUGAUUCGCUGGUCUGUCCAAAAUGGAUUUAUUACAAUUCCUAAGACUUCACAAGAAUCACGACUUCAAAGCAAUGCUGAUGUUUUCGAUUGGUCGAUUCCCGAAGAGGACAUGAAGGUGUUGGAUGCAUUUGGAGAUAAACCAUGGUCAUGCACAUGGAAUCCAACAAAUAAUACUUUGAAAGAAGCUGGUUUGCAGUAA